AUGAAGACACUAGUGGUGCACGGUCUGGAGCGUGUGCUGGCUUAUCUGGACGAUGUCAUCUGUUUCGAUGAGGAACCUCUGGGACACUUGCUAAACUUGAUCGAGUUCUUCAAACGACUGCGACAGUACAACCUCAAACUGUCUCGAGGGAAGGGUCGCGUCGGCGCCACGCACGCCAACUUUCUCGGUCACACCAUCUCUCCGGCAGGUGUUAGNGGCGUCCCCUUCAAGUACACCCCGGGCAUGGUCAAGGUUGUCAAAACGUCGUCAAGCGAACUCGCUCGCCCCCCGAUUUCGGCCUUCCCGGAUUGGGCAGCAAUCGAGGACAACAGCCGUCCUCUUCGUUCGUGUUUCGACGCGUGUAUCGACGGUUUUGGCGCCUCCUUGGAACAAGAACAGCUCGAUGGCUCGGUGAGACCCAUCGUGUACAUCAGCCGCGCUACUCUUCCUGCGGAGCGUAACUGGACCGUUUUGGAUCUGGAGGCUGGUGACAUUGUUUGGGCCAUCAAACGCCUUUGCGGUUAUCUGUGGUCGACCAACUUCAUCAUAUAUUCGGACCACAAAGCAUUGGAGAGCAUUGGCAAGGUUGGGGAACACAACGCUAGGGUGCAACGAUGGCUCGAAUUCCUGUCCAACUUCACCUACACCCUGAAAUAUCGGAAAGGUUCGGCAAACGCCAACGCGGAUUUUCUUUCGCGGUUGCCUUUACCAGCACAAGACACGGACAAAACCGGCGCUAACUGCAUUGAUGAUGUCGAUCAAGCGGGUGUUCUCCUCAUUUGGGCUUGCGGGCGAUUACUCGUCGUCUACACCGGAGGUCGGACCACUCGUCUGCCGGAUACUGGCGUGCCCCGUGUCUACGUGCCAAUGCUGAUGCGUCCGUGGGUCCUUCAUGCAUGUCAUACCGCCGCGUCAUUCCAUCUCGGCGUCCAUCGUACACAGCGUCUGCUCGAGCGCUUCUACUGGUGGUUUGUUUUGGAUCGUUCCGUGCGCUGGUGGCUUCGGGCGUGUUUGGUGUGUCAAGCUCGCAAGACUUCACGUCAGACUGCUCGGUGGCCCGUCAUCGCUGUGCCAUUGCCGCAGGGGCCUGGUACGGUCGUCGGCGUCGACUUCUUCGGACCUCUGCCAGUGACUGCCAAGGGCAACUCCUACAUUUUGUUGUUCACAGACCGUUUCAGCCGGAGCGCCGACAUGUUCGCAGUUACAGCGGCGGAAUUCACGGCGAGAGGAACGGCUCACAUCUUCGUCAACCAAUACAUGACCAAGUGGGGUUGUCCGACUACUUUGUUGUCGGACAACGGACUGCAUUUCUGCUCGAAGCUCUCCAUGGCUAUUUACGAGGUGAUGAAGAUCAAGAAGGUCACCACCAGCUCCUACCACCCACAGACCAACGGCGGCACGGAACGCGUCAAUCACACGAUGGCCCAGAUGCUUGUGGUGGUGGUCAACGAACAGCAAAACGAUUGGGACAUACAUCUUCCGCACGUUGAGUUUGCCUACAACAGUUCCGUGAACCAGUCUACUGGAUUAGCGCCAAACGAGAUCCAGAUCGGACGCAUCCCGCGACUCCCGCUUUCGGUCUUCGAUCGUCCCACGGUAGGUGGUCAUCAAAGCUUGGCCCGCGAUCAACUCGAGUAUUGCAACCUGGCUGUCGAUCACGCCGGGCCUACAAACUUGUCCGUGAGUACAACGUGCUGAAGAUUUCGCGAGUCGACCGCCGAAAUUCAUCCCUGCUGGACGCCAUUCACAAGCCCCCUCAGUUUAACGUUGGCGGGUGGGCUUGGGUGUACAACACGGCUGCUACAAUUCGACAGGGUGUGUGUGCAGAACGACACGGACCAACAGGUGCUCAAGGCCAAAUUCGCACAUUCCUGGACGGGACCCUACAAAGUUCUCGCGGUGGGUCCCACCUCUGCCGACGCCACUCCGGACGGCCGCCCGUUGGCGCGUAAACUCCUCUACCUGGACCUGCCUUCCGAUCUUCCGGCCCGGCAGCUCGUUGUCGCGUGUCU